UUCGACUGCUGAACUUAGUCGAGUGCGCGUCGUCUGCACGUAGAUAGAGCGUUCCGUAUGCGAUGAGUGAGGUGUCCAUGCUUGCGAAGCUGAAAACCCCAUCACUGCAUUCUAUGCGACCGCGUGUGUUUGGCGAACUCCACAGAGAUCGUUGAUCUUUAACAGCCGCGUUGUGAUUUAAAAAUGGCGUCUUCUUGGUCACGCGUGCCGUGGAUUUCUCUGGCAAGAGCGAGCGGCUCGAAUGUGUCGCGACUCGUGACCGUCGCGUUUGCUGAACGAUACACUGGAACUCGAUCGUUCCACUCGCAGCAGCAGCGACAGCAGCAACGACAUGGGCAGCAGCAGGAGCAGCAGCAUGAACGAGUAUUCGGUGGCAGAGCAAGGAAGUUCUUAACCUAUACCGCGUUUGCCUCGGCAGCGUGUCUGGGCUAUGCUGUGUACAAUCGGAGGGAUGACAUCUGGCAAAGAAUCAAGAGUCUGGUCGUGCCGAUCUGUUCUGUCGUUCACGGCAAGUCGUUGCCGCCGUUUGACAGUACUCACAACAGGGACACGUUCAAUUUUAUUGCGGACGUGGUAGAGAUAUCUGCACCAGCUGUUGUGUACAUUGAAAUCAGGGAUAACAAUAGCUUAGACUUCUUCACGGGGAAGCCGAUCACUACCAGCAAUGGAUCAGGAUUUAUCAUCAGUCAGGAUGGUUUAAUACUGACAAAUGCUCAUGUCGUAAUAAAUAAGCCUAAUACAACGGUGAAGGUAAACGUACGGCUUUAUGAUGGUAGUACAUAUAAUGGAAUAAUAGAAGAUGUUGAUUUGGAAAGUGAUCUUGCCACCGUGCGAAUAAAUAAGACCAACCUACCGGUAAUGAAACUCGGCUGUUCGGCUACUCUCAGACCGGGAGAAUUUGUGGUAGCUAUUGGUUCCCCGUUGGCUCUUAAUAACACCAUAACAUGCGGCGUAGUGAGCAGUGUAAAUAGACAAAGUCAAGAGCUUGGUAUAAAUAACCGACGUAUGGGAUAUAUUCAAACAGAUGCGGCGAUCACUUUCGGAAAUUCGGGUGGGCCAUUGGUAAAUUUAAGCGGAGAGGCGAUAGGUAUAAAUGCAAUGAAAGUAACGCCCGGUAUUUCAUUCGCCAUACCCAUAGAUUACGCAAAGGAAUUUUUAAAGAAAACAGAAUUACGUAGAAAAAACAAAGACGUAAAAUUUAAAGAGUCAUCCAGACGAAGAUACUUGGGUAUCACGAUGCAAACUCUGACUCCAGAAAUCUUAAAUGAGAUACAAAACAGUGAACAUACGAGUAUUCGACAUGGAGUUUUUGUAUGGAGAGUAAGGCUUAGAUCUCCAGCUUACAGUGCUGGAUUGCAACCUGGAGAUAUAGUGACACAUGCUAAUGGCGAGCCAGUGCUGGAUUCAAACAAUAUUUAUAAAAUAUUAGAACAAUCAGGACCGAUCAACUUACAAAUAUUAAGAAAAGGACAAGUUUUACACAUAACAGUUGAACCUGAGAAUAUGUAGUUGGAUUUAUUAAACAAUUUCGAUUAAAUGAAAAAUUUUGCAAUAUAGGCUAAUAAAAUUGUAAUGUUUAUGAACAAAAUUUUGUGAAAAUUUUUUUAUAAUGUUAUAUGUUAUAAAAACAAUAAUUGUUGAUCUAUAUAUAAAUUUAUUUUAUAAAAUCUUUUUCUUUUGAGAAUGUAUCGUACAGUUUGUUAGUAUGAUCGUGCCUUCAGUGUGUUCCGAGUGCCGAGUUUACUCACAAAAAAAAUAUUACAAUAAAGAAGGAAAGACAAGAAUCACGUUUAUCGUUUAGCGCACUUUAUACCUAGUGAGCCGGUUCAUCACUCACACCAUCGAGACUCCAGUAUACACGCCCUUUGGUUGUACAUUUAUUUUAAUUUAAAUAUACACGAUAAAGGACCA